AUCCAACCAAAAAAAGUGCAAUAACGAGCCGUUCGGCGUGAUUUUCGACCGUAAAAUAUGUCCGAUUCCGUCGUUUCCAACCGGCAUAAGGAUUGUUUGCCUUGCCGGUUGGUCAGUGGAUUUGGUGUGAUCGGAAUGGGCGUCUAUAUGGCACUGCAGGCACAGAAACGACCAAAUAAACUCGGGCGCUACACGAUACACGCCGUAGCGAUAGCUGCCGGAGGUAUCGGAGUGGCACGGUUACUCGACGUAUAUCCGUUUGGACACAGUGGGGAAAAGUAGAAACGAGGCCCUGGAGGCCGGAUGAUUAUAGUUUAUGGAGAGAGUUUAUUGUAAAAUUAUAGGAUCCUUUAAAUAAAAUCACGGUUUAUUCCCUACCUUA